AUGGACUCCGGUGAACCAGUCGUGGAGUCGCUCGCGCGCUUACCAGACGAGGACGCAGUCCUGGGCACCCGCGCCGUCGCGUUUCCCGACGACCAUGGGGAGAUCAUCGAGGAAAAGCUGCAACAUUGGCACGGGCGGCCCAGGGGAGUGGAAAUGAAACGUGAGAUGACCAAGGAAGACAAGGAGCUCGCCGCCGCCGGCUAUGAGCAUCUCGACGAGCAGAAGAUGAAGAAAGGCAGCGACCAGCUGGAUGAUGUCGACAUCUUCGAGCACCAACUGUCAUUCCAUGAGCUCGGUUCUGCGCUCGACACCACUUUCGACUCAAAGGAUCCUGGUCAGUCUUAUGGUCUUUCUACUGAAGAAGCGAAGGCGCGGUUAGCACGCGAUGGGCCCAAUGUUCUCACUCCUCCCAAGAAGAAGUCGGCUUUGCGGAUGUAUAUCGAUCUACUUUUGACAAUGUUCAACAUCUUGCUUAUCUUUGCCGGCGUUCUCGAGUACAUCUUGCUCGGUAUUGACUUUAAGGACAACUUUGCCAAUACAUACCUCGGCGGAAUAUUGAUUGCGGUUGCCUUCCUCAAUGCCUUCAUCGAGUUCUUCCAACUGCAGAAGUCCGAGGCGAUUCUGGCCUCAUUCUUGGCCAUGAUCCCGCCGUCGUGCCAUGUCGUUCGUGAUGGUGCAAUUACACAGGUGCCUGCCGCUGAUCUCGUCAAAGGCGACAUCGUGUUGCUUCGAACGGGAGAUAAAACACCUGCCGACCUUAUUCUCUUCGCCGCCACGGACCUGAAGGUUGACAAUAGCAAUCUGACCGGCGAAUCCGAAGCCCAGGAGCGGCUCGAGAAGCCGGAAGGAAGCAAGGCGAGGCCGGUGGAGGCGGAGAAUUUGGUUUUCAACUCGACUCUGAUUGUUAAUGGCGAAGGAUGGGGAGUCGUUGUGAGGACAGGCGACCACACUUUGAUCGGUCAGAUUGCCGCCCUUACCGGAGGCGAGAUGGGCAACAAGAGUCCUCUCGCUGUCGAGAUUGCAAGAUUCGUCAUGAUGGUCUCCGGAAUCGCAAUCAUCUUCGCUGUCGUGUUCUUCGUCGUAGGCAUUACGACCGUGUACAAAGGCAAGGGCGCGGAAACGGUAACCUUUGCCGUCUCCAUUCUUGUGGCUUUCGUUCCUGAGGGGUUGCCUUCUGUCGUGACGCUAUUGCUGUCGAUUGCUGCCAAGCGGAUGGCCGCGCAGAAUCUUACUCUCCUCGCUACAGACAAGACUGGCACCUUGACCAGGAAUCAAAUGACGGUCACCAACCUCUGGAGCGGGGAGAAAAUGUACACCGCCUUCCAAUCCAAUAACGACUCUGAGACAACGGAGGCGUUCUCCAUUAAUGCACCUGGAAUGCAUGAGAUGGUGGAUAUCGCCGCGCUGAACUCCCGAGUCAAGUUCGACAAAACAGAUGUGCCGUUCGAUCAGCGCACAAUCCUGGGCGACGCCACGGAGACCGGCUUGACGCGCUUCGCCGGCCGUUACAUCCCCGACUAUGAUGCGCUCCAUAAGCAACACCCGAAGGUGUUUGAGAUUCCGUUCAACUCUUCGAACAAGUGGGCAUUGGUGAUUCUCCACAAACCGCACGCCGCUGGCCCCCUCACUCUGUAUAUCAAAGGCGCUCCAGAACGUGUGUUAGCCAAGUGCUCUACCUACUUGAAAGACGGAAGCAUUGAGCCGAUAACGGACGACUUCAAGAACGCCUACGAUGAGGCAUAUAACUACAUGGCGUCAAGAGGUCAUCGUGUCAUUGCCUGCGCUCAGAAGCUUCUUCCUGCAGACCAGUACGACUAUUCGUACCAAUUCUCAAAGAACGACGGCCAAUAUCCGAGCUCGGAGUACUGUUUCUGCGGCUUGAUCUCCUUGGAAGACCCUCCCAAGCAUGGUGUCCGGGAAGCAAUCGGAACGCUUCGUCUUGCAGGCAUCAAGGUCAUGAUGGUCACAGGCGACCAUCCGAAGACGGCAGAAGCGAUCGCUCGCAAGAUCAAUCUCAUCUUGGGUGAUACCAAGGAGACCUUGAGUGCGAAGACUGGUCGUCCAAUAGAAGAGAUAUACGAAGAUGAGGUCGAUGCGGUAGUGGUUCACGGUGAUGAAAUCGACGGACUGCAAGGCUGGCAGUGGGAUCAGAUUUUUGCCAAGAAGGAGAUCGUUUUUGCACGUACCUCUCCUCAACAUAAGCUAGAAAUUGUCAAACAUGCUCAGGCUCUCGGCCACAUUGUCGGAGUUACUGGCGACGGUGUAAAUGACUCUCCGGCUCUAAAGAGGGCUGAUCUCGGCAUUGCCAUGAACGUAUCCGGUUCGGAUGUAUCAAAGGAGGCUGCGAACAUGAUUUUGUUGGACGACAAUUUCGCGUCUACAGUCAAGGGCGUAGCUGAGGGUCGCCAGAUUUUCGUGAAUUUGAAGCGAUCUAUCCAGUACACGAUCUCGCAUAGUACCCCUGAGGUCAUCCCCCAGCUGCUAUACGUCGUUGGGCCGAUCCCUCUUCCUUUAUCUGCCAUCCUCAUUCUGGUAAUCGAUCUCGGUUUCGAGCUAUUCGUCGCGCUUUCCUUCGCUUGGGAUAAGCCCGAAACGAAGGAUGGUCUGAUGCGCAUGGCGCCGCGCAAGCCUGUGAACGAGCGUUCUAUCAUGUCGCUCAAGAAGCGUGCUCUGAAACGCACUAAGACGUUACGUCGGGACACGGAGACUCAGGAGGUCAUUCAACCAAGCAAAAUCUCGGCAUGGGCCUCCAGUGUCAAGGCGCCCUUCCAGCGGCAAUGGUGGGAGGACGCAAUGGAAAGGACCGAUGACGAGGGCCUGGUGGAUAGCAAGCUGUUGAGCUACUCCUACUUGGAGGCUGGUGUGAUAGAGAUGAUCGGAGCACUGGUUGCAUACUUUGUGGUGUUCUAUAAGAACGGGUUCUCACCAUCUGACUUGAGGGACGCACAAUCCUCAUCAACCGCAUAUUUCACCAAGUCUAGUCCGGAUUUCAUGAAUGGCAGAGGACAGCUCAUUGACGCUGCCCAGCAAGUUGAGGCCCUCGCGAAAGCUCAAUCUAUUGUGUACCUUUCCAUCUUCAUCAUACAGUGCUUCAAUGUGUAUGCUGUCAAGGCUCGCUUCUCCUUCCCCUUCGGGCGCUCCAUCAUCGGUAAUUACUACAACUUCCUCGGCAUACUUGGUGGCGCGUGCCUUGGCAUCUUCAUCAUCUACACGCCUCCUCUGCACGUCGUCUUCGGUGGCACGUAUCAUUUGAGUCCGCUGUACUGGCUCAUUCCGAUGGCGUUUGGCUGUGUGCUGCUGCUAUGGGCAAGUAUACGGGUGCUAUUGCUCAGGAAAGGGAUCGAGCAGAGCAGAGUGAAGGACAUCAAGGGCUUGAUGAUGUUCCCGACAAUGCGCACAUUGAGCAUGCGCUCCAAGCAUUGA